ACCCGGCACCCACUAGUCCGAUGGGACCGCAGCGGCGGCUGCUCCCCGCCGCGGCCGCCCUGCUCUGGGGCUUCGUGCUCCCGCUGGACACGGCAUCUACAAACCAUCUACAAACCAGGUAGCCAUCUACAAACCAGGAGGAGAGCCCACACUGGAAACUGACCCUUCUGAAACCUUGAUCUUGGACUUCUGGCCUCCAGAACUAUGGAAAACUAAGACAGCUGCUCAGGAAGCAAUCCUGCAUGCAUCUGGAAAUGGCACACCUUCACCAUCUAAGGACUAUUGCAUGCUGUAUAACCCUCAUUGGACAACUCUUCCAAGUACACUAGAAAAUGCAACUUCCAUUAGUUUGAUGAAUCUGACCUCCACACCACUAUGCAACCUUUCUGAUAUUCCUCCUGUUGGUGUGAAUAACAAAGCAGUUGUGGUACACUGGGGGACCUGCCAUUUUCUUGAAAAAGCCAGAAUUGCACAGAAAGGAGGUGCUGAAGCAUUAUUGGUUGUCAAUAACAGUGUCCUAUUUCCUCCCUCAGGGAACAGAUCUGAAUUUCAUGAUGUAAAAAUACUAAUUGCAUUUGUAAGCCAAAAAGACUUUAGUGAUAUGAAGCAGACUCUUGGAAAUAACAUUACCGUGAAAAUGUAUUCUCCAUCGUGGCCUAACUUUGAUUAUACCAUGGUGGUUAUUUUCGUAAUUGCUGUGUCCACUGUGGCAUUAGGUGGAUACUGGAGUGGACAAAUUGAAUUGGAAAACCUGAAGGCAUUAACAAACGCUGAAGACAGAGAAAUGAGGAAAAAGAGGGAAGAAUAUUUAACUUUUAGUCCUCUUACAGUUAUAAUAUUUGUGGUCAUCUGCUGUGUUAUGAUCAUCUUACUUUAUUUCUUCUACAAAUGGUUGGUUUAUGUCAUGAUAGCAAUUUUCUGCAUAGCAUCAGCAAUGAGUCUGUACAACUGUCUUGCUGCACUAAUUCGUAAGAUACCAUGCGGACAAUGCACAAUUGUAUGUCGUGGAAAAAGCAUUGAAGUGAGACUUAUUUUUCUCUCUGGACUAUGCAUAGCAACAGCUGCUGUUUGGGCUGUAUUUCGAAAUGAAGACAGGUGGGCUUGGAUUUUACAGGAUAUCUUGGGGAUUGCUUUCUGCCUGAAUUUAAUUAAAACACUGAAGUUACCCAACUUCAAGUCAUGUGUGAUACUUCUAGGCCUUCUCCUCCUGUAUGAUGUAUUUUUUGUCUUCAUAACACCAUUCAUCACAAAGAAUGGUGAGAGUAUCAUGGUUGAACUUGCAGCUGGACCUUUUGGAAACAACGAAAAGAAUGAUGGAAACUUGGUGGAAGCCACUGCUCAACCCUCAGCUCCCCAUGAGAAAUUACCAGUAGUCAUCAGGGUACCAAAGCUGAUCUAUUUCUCAGUAAUGAGUGUGUGCCUUGUGCCUGUUUCCAUAUUGGGUUUUGGAGACAUUAUUGUACCAGGCCUGUUGGUUGCAUAUUGUAGAAGAUUUGAUGUUCAGACUGGUUCUUCUUCUAUAUACUAUAUUUCCUCCACAAUUGCCUAUGCUGUUGGCAUGAUACUUACAUUUGUUGUUCUGGUGCUGAUGAAAAAGGGGCAACCUGCUCUCCUCUAUUUAGUACCUUGCACACUUAUUACUGCCUCAAUUGUUGCUUGGAGACGUAAGGAAAUGAAAAAGUUCUGGAAAGGUAACAGCUAUCAGAUGAUGGACCAGCUGGACUAUGCAACAAAUGAAGAAAACCCUGUGAUUGCUGGUGAACAGAUUGUCCAGCAAUAAUAGUAUAUGGACCUGCAAUCAUGAGUCAUUGAUUUUCUACAAAUAGAGUGUGACUUUUAAAAUCAACUUUUGAAUUGACAGUCUGAAAGAAUCUUCAAUGACAUGCUUGAAAACAUAUAUUUUUAUGAGCUGGUACUGACAAUUACAUCAUAAAUAAUUAAAAUGCGUUUGCUUUUAAUCGUGUUAAAGUUGUGCCUUCACAUUAAAUAAAAGCAUAUGGUCUGUGUAAUUAAUUACUAAGAUAUAUUAUAUACAGUAUAUUUUUCAAAAAAAUGCUUUGACCCACCCUUGUACUUUUUCUUACUGAAAUGUUUCUUUCAGCUCUGCCAGAUAAAAGUAUUAGUGUCAAAGAGAGUUUCUGAACAGAUUUUACUGUUAAAGAAUCAUGCAAAUUUUAUCUGCUCUGUAGAAAUAAUUGUUUAGGAUUGUGCAAGAAGGCAGUUCAACAGUAAAAAUUUAGACAUUAAAUCUCUGCAGAGUUAGAAAUAUAUAAUUUUGGAAUAAAUAUAAAUGCAUAUUUUA